AUGAAGAUCUCAUUGAUUGUUUUCCUUACCACUCUCGUCUCCACUGGACUGGCUUUCACCAUCGACACCCACAUUCUUCAGAGCCUCCAUCGCCGCCUAAACAUCGAAGAUCGAUCCGUUCAAGAAGCAGCACCAGCCAUCGCCCCGGAAGACAUUUUGAACCCGGUUGUGAAGCCAAGAGAAUGCGAAGAGCCCGCCGAACCCGCCGAACCUAGCGAAGCAGAGCGCAAGAAGGGUGCGAAGCGCCCCGCUAGGCCUUCUCGACCGUCGAAUUGUUAA